GAGUAGAGUAGUAGUAGAUAUCAGUCUGAUUGUAAAUACGAUGAUGGCAUAACGUGGAUAGGUGGAUUGUGCGGUGAUUUUUCAGAUUUUCUGGUGUUCUACUAAAAUUUUUAUAAUAAAAAAAAAUAAUAAGAAUUUAUAAGAAGAAUAAGAAAAAAGUUCAUUUUAAAGACUGCAAAUUAAAUGUUUUAAAUGUAUAUACAUAUAUAUAUAUAUUAAAAAUUUACUCGUAUACAUAAAUACAAAUUUAAUAUAAUUAUUAUUAUACACACUUUUUCAUAAUAAAUAAUAAGUACAAUAUCACUUAGUGCUGGUAACAUUUUCUUAUGUAUAACAAAUCGUUACAAAUAAAAAAUUUAUUAUAAUACAAAUCCAGGAUUAAUAUUGCUAAUGUAGUCAACUACAUGUUUGUAUACAAAAAUUGAGAAAAAAAAUUAUUCUCUUUGUAGUGUAGCGUAUACAAAAUAAAACGAAAAAUAAUUGUGUUUUAUUUUUCUUUUUCAUCAAUGGUUGUUUCAUCCUAAAUAUUCAAGAAAGAAAAAAUAUUUAAGAGAAAUAAAGAUCCUUGAACUGAAAAUUUACUUCAAACUACAUUAAGAAUUUUUUUUUGUAAAUAAAUACAUGCAUAAUACUAUAUACAUAAAUAUAUGUUUAGUUACAUUAUUCAUAUUUGCAAAAAAAUAAAAAAUUACAAAAUAAAAGAAAAUUUUAACAUAUUUUUUACAAAAACAAAAAAAUAAAAGUGCGUAGGACUGAAAAAUUUUCAUAUCGUUGUGUUUAGUGGCUGUUGCGAAAAUAACAAAAAAAAAAAUUUUUUUUCUUUUUUUGUUUAAAAAACUCCACUUCAAAAUACAAUAAGGAACAAGUAUCUUUCAUAUAUCACAUAUAUAUAUAUAUAUAUAUAUCAUAUAAAUAGAUUUAACAUUUAAAAUCAUAUUAUAUAAGGCUGGCAAAUAUAUAUACUUUUAUUAUAUAUUAAAAAAUUAUCAAAACGGCGAAUUAAAGAAUUUUGUAAUAUAAAUUUAAUGCAGCGUUGCCCCUACAUCCAUGAAAUGCGAGAACGCCUUUUGGGUGAAUCAACAAGAGAAUCACAUAAUUUAGAUAAUAUGGAACGUGACGGUUUAAUUGAUAACAGGCAAUCAGCUGCUAGCGAUCAGGUCGGAACUGUUGUUAAGCUUCAUGCUGAUGGUUAUCACACAAGUCCAGCACAUCAGAGAACACCAUUAGUGCCUCGAGAUCUUGGUGAAGAUUUCAAUUUAGAUUUUGAUGAAGAUUUUUUACCAUUAGAUAAUAAACGACCAAAGAAUGCCAACGCUGCUAUGGAUUCACACAAUAUGUCGUGCCCAAGAAGACGAGUUAUAUAUAUAGAUAGAAAAGUCUUCGGUCCUGAAUUCAGGACAUCAUUAUUCAUCGUCACCAGUUUGGUGUAUGCUAUGAUAUUAAUAGUUGUAUGCAUCGCUUUUGUGAUAAGUGACGUCACUACACAUCGAUUGCCUAUCCUAUAUUAUGAAGCAUUCUUUACAUACUUAUAUGGGGCCAGUAUCCUGUUUUUACUUUACGUAUUCUGUUUCUUAUUACAGGAGAGCAGUUGCUGUAAUGGAAGUAGUAAACCAAAACCACCACCAAAACAGAAAAAAGAGAAAAAACAGAAAUCAAAGAAAGGCGAACAAGAAUCAAAGGAUGGUGGUAAAGGUGGCUCAACAAAAGAUUCAGGAAAAAGUGGAAAACAUAGUCCAUUCCAGGAUACUCAGGUAGAAGCUGAAGCUGCAGUCACCCCGAAAAAUAUUCGAAAACGCAAAACGACUCAAGAUGAUCAUACAACUGGCAGUUUCUUUUUACGGGUUGGUGCAAUUGCUUUUGGAUUGGGCUCAAUGAUUUAUGUUGGAUUAGAAUUUGGUUCAUUCUUCGAAAUACCAUUUACAUCUAAGUGCCAUUUCAUAUUAAACGGAGUCAACCCUCUCUUGCAAAUGGUUUUUAUUUUUAUGCAAAUGUACUUCAUUUUCAUGAAUGCAAGACUUAAUAUUCAUCGCUUUAAACUAUUAGCUCGUUUUGGACUAAUGCAUGUUGUUGCGACAAAUCUGUGCGUUUGGGUACGUACAUUAGUCAAAGAAUCGUUACACGAAAUUACAAUUUAUCAUCAAAGAAACAAUCCAUCCGAUGACAACUCACCGAUAUUACGAUCAAUUCGCCGUCAUGCCUUGCGUCACGCAGGCGAAGUUAUGAAAACUCACAUUGGACCAAAUGCUGAAUUUGAAGUUUUUGAUUCAGAAUCAUUAGACAAUGAUAAAACCAAUGAAGAUGGAAUAUUAUCAAGAAUAGUUAAAACAACUGCCGAUACAAUUGCACCUAUUUUAGCUCAAGGAAAUAAUGAUAUUACAACACGUCGUUAUGAUACCACAACUACAAGCACAGCAAUGCCAACAACAACAUCAACUACUGAGUAUUCGAUACCAAGCACAACUAUGAUACAGAAAAUCAAGAAAUUUAUCUCAUCAACAACAAUGGCUUCUACAAUGUUACCAUCAACAACAACUACUACCACGACAACAACAACAACUACUGAAGCACCAAUAAGUGCUGAAACAACAACUGGUGAUCGUCUAUCAAACCCUAUAAGUGGCUUAUCCUCAUUCAUUUCAAGUUUCGGUUCAUCAACACCAUCUGAUGUCAGCACCACCACAACCGAAGGUUUUGUAUUAAAUAACUUAUUCGGUAAUAUGGAAAAUUCAUUCCAAACCUAUUCACGUUUGUCACAUGACGAAACUGGUUUAGAAGAAUAUGAAAAUUUCGAUAAUAUUUAUCCAGCUGCAUUAACUUCCAAUAUUGGUGUUAUUAAUUCAACUGCAUGUGGUCGUAUUGAUAUAAUGGGAACAAUUGUUUACGAUUCUGCUCCAUACUUGUAUCCAUUCAUCAUUGAAUAUUCCUUAAUUGGUGCUGUUGUAUUAUAUGUUAUGUGGAGACACAUUGGCAGAUAUCCCAGAUAUAUGAAUGAAGAAGACUUAGAACAUAGAUUGGAAGUCAUGCUAUCACGAAGAGCUGUUGCAAUGGCCCAACAAGCUAGAACUGGACGUGUUGAUUGUGUUGGAUCAUCAAAAGGAUUAUUCUUUGGUUUAUUGCUACUAGUUGGCUCAAUGAUUUGUUUAAUUCUAUUCUUUGUUCUGGUGCGCCAUGCGAAAUUUGAACUUCUAGCAAUUUAUCUAGCUGAUGUUAGUCAUUGCACAGUAAUGGGAUUUGCUAUUUUAGCAAUCAUAAUCGGUUUUAUAAGGGUUAAAAAUUUGAAAUUCCGUUGCGAAGAACAAAGUAGCUUGAAUGAUAUUUUAUUAAGAAUUUCUGCAUUUGGAUUAUUCGUUUACUCAGUAUUUAGUGUUAUUGCUGGUUCCCUUAAAUUCCUUGAAAGUGAACCAAAUCUUCUAGUCAUGGCAACUGGUAUUGUUGCAGUUGUACAAGUCAUAUUACAAUUAUUAUUCAUUGCUGAUGUAUCUCGUCGUCGUGUACAUUUACCAGAACAUGAUCGUAGUAAACCAGGACGACAAAUUGUAACAUUUUUAUUAAUUUGUAAUGUAUCAAUGUUUGCAAUUUAUACAUUUGAGGCACAAAGAGUAGCUUUGAAUACCGUACAACUUGAAUUUUAUGGUUUUGUACCAUGGUCAAUAAUUCAGCGUGUCACUUUACCAUUAUGCAUUUUCCAUCGUUUCCAUAGUGCUGUUACACUAGCUGAAAUUUGGAAAACAACAUACAAAGCCCGUUUAGAAUAAACAAUUUAAACAAGAAAGCAAGAAAACAGUAACAUCAAAACAACCAUCAACAGUAACAACAUUUUAACAAAGUAGAAAAAUGAAUUGAAUAGCAAACAAGAAAAUAUUUUAACACCAACCAAAAAAUCAAAUAAUACAAGAACAAGAAAUAUUAACAAAAAUAAAAUUGAAUAAAAAAUAUGAUGAAAGAAAUAUUAAAAAUAUCAUAAAUUAAAAUAUGUAGCAAACGUCACUCUCAAUAUAUAUUAAAAAAGAAAAGAAUAUUACUUAAAAUCUACCGUAAACUUUACAAAACUUUAAUAUUAAUGAAAUUAAAAAUUUAAAAAAUUAAUUAAUGAGCUAAUUAACAAAACAAAACAAAAAAUAAAAAAUUUUUAAAAAUUAAAUACGAAAUUUAGAGAAUAGGUUAUAAUAGAAUGCAACAAAGAUUUUUAUAUUUUUUUUCCUGUUUUAUUAUAAUUUUUUUUCAGUUUUUAAUAUUUUUGUUAAGUCAGAUCUAGACCAAAAUUAUAUAUACCUAUAUAUAUAUAUAUGCAAUAACAGUGGGUUCCAAAGAAAUGAUUUAAAUUAUUAAACAAUAUUAUAAUAAAAUUAUUAAAAAUAGUAAUUAUAUAUAAAAUAGUAAGUGGAGAUAGAAAAAUGAUGCAAAAACAGUAAAGCAAAUAAGAUUAUUAUGAUAAUGGGUAGAUAAAAAAAAGCUUAAAAAUAUUUUGAUUUUAAAGGAAGAAAAAUUGUAAAAAAUAAAAUUAAAAAUAAAUUGCAAAAAAUAUUUAAUAAAAUACUAAAUAGAAAGUAAUAAAAUAGAAAUAAAAUGAAGAAAAGAACGUUACCAGUGUAAGAGAAAAAUUAUUAGAAAUUUCAGAUUAAAUAAUUAAUUAUAAUAUUUAUGAAAGCAAAAUACAAAAAAAAAAAAUAGUUAAGAAUUUGAGAAUUGCAUUAAAAUUAUUAUGAAUAAUAAAAGAAAGUAAUCAAUUUAUUUAAUUUUUAUUAUUUAACAAACUUUUUUGUUUAUUUUUAUUUUUUGCCUUUGUUUUAGUUUAGAAAAUAUCCUGUUUUUUUUCAUUCUAUUUAAAUUAAUUAAUUACUAAGAUUUUAUACAUUUUAACCCAUUUUAAUAUUAAAAAAAAAUUUAGCAUUUAAUGUAAUAUGUAAUUAAUUAUAUAUAAAUUUAUGCUAUAUAU